UCUCAAGACAUCAGUCAGGAAGUUAAAGCUUGGUAGCAAAUGGGUCUUCCAAAUGGACAAUGACCCCAAGCAUACUUCCAAAGUUGUGGCAAAAUGGCUUAAGGACAACAAAGUCAAGGUAUUGGAAAGGCCAUCACAAAGCCCUGAUCUCAAUCCUAUAGAACAUUUGUGGGCAGAACUGAAAAAGCGUGUGCGAGCAAGGAGGCCUACAAUCCUGACUCAGUUACACCAGCUCUGUCAGGAGGAAUGGGCCAAAAUUCACCCAACUUACUGUGGGAAGCUUGUGGAAGGCUACCCAAAACGUUUGACCCAAGUUAAACAAUUUAAAGGCAAUGCUACCAAAUACUAAUUGAGUGUAUGUAAACUUCUGACCCACUGGGAAUGUGAUGAAAGAAAUAUAAGCUGAAAUAAAUCAACUAUUAUUCUGACAUUUCACCUUCUUAAAAUAAAGUGGUGAUCCUAACUGACCUAAAACAGGGAAUUUUUACUAGAAUUAAAUGUCAGGAAUUGUGAAAAACGCAGUUUAAAGGUAUUUGGCUGAGGUGUAUGUAAACUCCGACUUCAACUGUAUAAGUUGUCAUGUACGAGCAUAUGUGCCGAAUACAUUACGAUGUUACAGGUGUCAAGCUUAUGGGCACGUGGCAGCAGUGUGUAGGAGGGAGCUUCCAAUGUGUGAGAAGUGUGUAGAAGGGCAUGAGACAAAGGAAUGUGUAGCAUUGGGGAAGGUAGUGGUAUGUGUUAAUUGUAGUGUUGCCCAUGGCGCUGGGGAUCAGAAAUGUCCCGUUCGAGAGAGGCAGGUUGAGGUUUCCAGGGUUAGAAUAGCGCAGAAGUUGUCAUAUGUAGAGGAAGAUGGGUCAAGGGGGAGGAGUGGUGAGAGUUGGAGAUAUAUACCAGGAACAGAGUGAAAGACCAAAAAGUGAUACAAGUUUCAGUAAGAUUGGAUUUUUAGCAUUUCUAUUAAUGGUUAUCAACUGUACUGCAGGGAUGGAACGUAAGUGGCAGGAAAUAGAGGUUGUGGUGGCAGCUGCAGAGAGGUAUUUGGGUGACAUCAGAAGAGUUACAGCAUGUGUUAAGUGGUGAUGUCCCAUCCUUUCAGGAUGAUGGCAUGAGGUUGGAAUAAAUACAUUUAUUUAGUGGAGUAGGGUGGUGUUCAUUUUAUUUUAUAUCAUUUAGAAAUUAGUGAGUGUAGUGUUAGAUGGUAGCGUAUUUAUUUACAUUUUUUUUUUCAAGCAAAGUAUAAGGGAGUUGUACUCCAGUCUAGUAGGUGGCGAUAAUGCAACAAAUUGGAUGCCAACCGCUGUUAAAACGCAUAGAAGAAGUACACACGCCUAUAUUAAACAGGACGGGACGGAGAGCGCGGUCAGCGGUAGAAGCGCAUCGGGUUGUGUGUGGUGUGUUUAUGUUUUAUACUCCGUUUAUCAGAACGGAAAAUAGAACUACAGACAGCCCGAUUGGGCCUACAGAUUUGUUUUAAACCAGCAUUUUGAUUGGAGUUCCGUUUGGCUCAUGCGAUUGAAGGGGCUCGAGGGCUCCUACCUUUCCCCCUCCAAGGUUCCAGAGAGGCGCGUGGAAAAGCCCCGUGCAGAGAAAGAAGGGGGGGUCAUAGCGUAUGUACGUACCCUAAAUGCAUACAUGCCUGGGUCUUCGACAGUGUGGUUUUAAAAACGGGAACGGUUGUGUUUAUUUUGUCGCCAAACGGCAAUGAGUGGCAAUGAAAUCGCGUUGCUGGUGAGCCAGUGCUUUGAUGAAUAAUUUACGGUCUUGUGGUCCGAAAGAGAGCGAACCACAGCCACUGCCGUUUGUAAACCUCUGACGACGUCGGAGAGGGCCCGGAUGAUGGACUAGAGAGAGCCGACAAAACGGGUCUGAAACGGGACGAAGUAUUUUGACAUUGUCGGUAAAUUCAUUAGGGGCGGUGAGAAGGAGUGAUGGUGUGUCGUUGGAGGAGGAGAGAAUGAGCUUUGGGCACCUUGCGGAGGAUCCUAUACAAACUCUGUUUUCGGAUUAUUCUCAAACCCCGCCACAUCUAAACCACAACAAACAAAUCAAAACUAAUAUCAGUCAACUCUAAAUUACUAUUUUCGACAUGCGCUCAUUGAUAUAGUCCAUCCAAGAAAUCAUAGAAGAGGUGUAUGGAAAGUUGACUAUCAUUGUAAUGAAUAGUGAGUAGUCGGUAGUUGUCCGAAAGUUUCAUCCAGGUGUAGUGAUUGAAUCAUUGUGAACUGAAAUUAAUAUUGCACAUUUGAUUUUCUAUAGGAGAAUAUUUAAAAAUCAUGCGAUCCAGAAUUUUAAAAGGGCGUUUCUCUCGGCCUGUAUCUGCAUAUCUGGCGUCAGUUGAGGGUUAUGUUUAGGAGAGAACACUUACAGGCCUAUCCUAUGUGGACUAUUUUGACAAAUGUUUACUUAAAAAAAAAAAAAACAUAUCUACCUCAAACCUCUGCCUGUUUUCCACAGAACACGACAGGAGAAACAAACGAAUGUUUACUAAAUGAAUACCUCAGUCUCACUAAUACCUCACAGGUUCUUAUAAAGCGUAGCCUUGUUUAAAACACCUCUGAUGGCUUCAUUCUCAGACUCUGACCUGCAGACCUGUCCUCUCUGCAAGGAGCUCUGUGGCUCCUCCUCCGCUCCCAUCUCUUGUAACUCCUCCACUUCCUCCUCCUCUUCUCACUCGUCCUCCUCCUCCUCCCGGCGCCUCCAUGUCCUCCCCUGCCUGCACGCCUUCUGCAGGCAGUGUCUAGAGGGCCAGCGCAGUCAUGGGGACCCUCUCAAACUCAGCUGCCCCACCUGCAACCAGAGGGUCUCCAUCUCUGAGGCCGGAGUGGACUCUCUCCCUUCCUCCAACUUCCUCUUCAGUAACCUUCUGGACGGGGAGCAGCUCCAACUCGGCCAAAAUAAGAACGGUCACCGGGGGGUCAGCGGGUGCUCCAUACCCCGGUUCCACCGUGCCCAUAGCGGGCUCCGCCCGAGCCGCCUGGGAGGGCCCCAGUGCAGCUCCUGUGACGAGGGGAACCCGGCCAGCUUCCACUGCCUGGACUGCCAGGAGUACCUUUGUGAUAACUGCGUCCGAGCCCAUCAGAGGGUCCGGUUGACCAAGGACCACUUCAUCGAGAGGCUGGCAGAGAGCCUGCAGCAUGCAAGCCGAGGCAAGGCCAGCCCCAUCGCAGGUGGAGGAAGGGGGGUAGGGGGAGGUGUAGGGUUGUCCCUGACCCAGCCCCUCCAGUCCAACUCCUCCCUGCUGCCUUUGUUCCAGGAUAGGAUGAGUUUCUGUCAGCACCAUGACAACAAGGUGUUUCUGUUUUUCUGUGAGACGUGCUCUGUGCCUAUCUGUAGGGAGUGUAGUGUGGGCAGACACAUGGGCCACAGCUUGGUCUAUCUACAGGACGCUGUCCAGGACUCCAGAGACAUCAUCAUCCAGCUACUGGCCGAUGCACAGCAAGGAAGACAGGCUGUACAGUUGAGUAUGGAGAAGGUCCAGGCCAUAGCAGAGCAGGUUGACAUCAAGGCCAAGGUGGUUCAGACAGAGGUGAAGAACAUGGUCCUCAGACUCCUGAAAGCCUUGGAGGACCGAGAGAGUCAGCUACUCUGGAAGGUUGAGAAGAUCCACCAGCUGAAAGCCAAGUCCCUGUACCUGCAGGUAGAGAAGCUGCAUCAGAACCUGACCAAGCUGGACAGCACCAUCGCAGCCGUCACUCAGGUGCUGGACGAGGGUUGUCACCUGGACGUGCUGCUGGCCAGAGAGCGCACGCUGACCCAGAUCCAGGAGCUGAAGUCUCUCAGAGGCCUGCUGCAGCCACAGGAGGACGAUCGUUUAAUGUUCGCCCCUCCAGACCAGGCCCUGUACAAAGCCAUUCAGUCCAUGGGGUUGAUCAGUAGCGGAGCGUUUGCUCCCGUCACCAAAGCUCACGGCGAGGGCCUAAAGACCGCACUCCGUGGCAAGACCGCCUCCUUCACCGUAAUUGGCUACGACCACGACAGGGAGCCCUGCCUCUCGGGCGGUGACGCAGUGUCAGCGGUGGUGAUGGCAGCCGCGGAUGGUAACCUAUCGGCUGCGGAGGUGUGUGACAACCAGAACGGGUCGUACACCGUCAGCUACUUGCCCAAGACUGAGGGAGAAGAUUUGGUGUCAGUUCUGGUCUGUAACCAGCACAUCAUGGGCAGCCCUUUCAAGGUACUGGUGAAGUCUGGGCGACGCUACGGGGCUCUGGGUUCACCGGUGUCUGCGUUUGGCAGUGAGGGGGAGGGUGAUGGUCAGCUGUGUCGUCCCUGGGGAAUCAGUGUGGAUAAAGAGGGAUACGUGGUGGUGGCCGACCGCAGUAACAACCGCGUACAGAUCUUCAAGCCGUGCGGUGCCUUCCACCACAAGUUCGGCUCCCUGGGCUCUCGCCCCGGUCAGUUUGAUCGUCCAGCGGGCGUGGCGUGCGACAGCCAACAGCAGAUCAUCGUAACGGACAAAGACAACCACCGUGUGCAGGUGUUCACCUUUGACGGACAGUUUAUGCUCAAGUUCGGCGAGAAGGGCACUAAGAACGGUCAGUUCAACUACCCCUGGGAUGUGGCAGUGAACUCUGCGGGGAAGAUCUUGGUCUCUGACACCAGGAACCACCGCAUCCAGCUCUUUGGCCCUGAUGGCUCGUUCAUCAACAAGUACGGCUUUGAGGGCGCCCUGUGGAAACACUUUGACUCGCCGCGUGGCGUCGCCUUUAACCAUGAGGACCACCUGGUCGUCACCGACUUCAACAACCAUCGUCUGCUGGUGAUUCGGCCAGAUUGCCAGUCUGCCCGGUUCCUGGGCUCUGAGGGUACCGGUAACGGGAAGUUCCUGCGUCCCCAGGGCAUAGCGGUGGACCAGGAGAACCGGAUCAUCGUGGCCGACUCGAGGAACCACCGGGUGCAGGUGUUCGAGCCCAACGGGAACUUCUUAUGCAAAUUUGGCACCCAUGGCAGUGGCUUCGGACAGAUGGACCGCCCCUCUGGUGUUGCUGUGACACCUGACGGAGUCAUCGUGGUCGUCGACUUCGGAAAUAACCGCAUCCUCAAGUUCUAAUCACUUUUCGCUUUCUUUCUUUCUUUCUCUCGCUCCGUUUUCUCUCCGUUUCUCUGUUAGAGAGAGGAAAUUGAAGAGCGAGGAAAAGGAUUCAACAAACACACAAAGAGAGGACAGUUUAAAGAGAGAUAAUCAGAGCAGGUAGAAAUGCAUUAUUACAAAUGAAGGGGAAAUGAAUUUGUUCGUUUUUAAAUUAUUUUUUACUUUUAUGUUUUAGUUUGUGGAAUCAUAUUCCUGUGGUAUACUGUAUGACAAAGGGGACCACUAAGACUAGUUGAUAAUCAGUAGUGAAAGUAACAAGGAAGAGAUCACGAUUUCCCUGUCUUCUAUCUGAAUUGCUCUCUCUCAACUCUCCUCACGUCGCCUUCUCAGGGAUUUUUCUCACUUUUUCUUGAAAUAUUGAAUCCUCUGCUCCGCCACCUACCUCAUCUAGUUCUUAAUGAAUGUACUCACCCUAUCCGAGCAGAGGUCUACUCUAGUCUGUCCAGUUUUACAAAGAAGAAAAUAAAAAAAAGUCUACCUCAAUACUUUUUUUAUUUAAAGAGAGACAUAAAAAUGAAAAGACGUUUUGACCUGACCUGUAGUGGAGUCUAGUGUGUUCAGUGAUGUUUAGGGUAGCUUGUUCUGUAGAUUUUGGUUUAGCAUGUCCCCUCAUCUCUCCAUGUGUAGUGUCACUGCAGACUGACAUAAUAGAGGUAAGAACGGAGGGUUUUAUGUAAUGCCAAACCCGUUAGACUGACUCUGUGUUAGUUAGCUCAGGUCACAGUACCAGAUGGACCAGAAGAAUCUCCUUUUAGCUUGACUUGGUUUAUUGAUCACAGCGGAGCCGGGAGUCUGUCCUGGGACAGAUGCAGUUUGAUGAUUGGUUGAAAUCAUGAGCUAGUCGUCGUUGUUGUUGUGGGGAGAUUCUCUUUUCUGUCCCAAAGUAUCCAAUUAUCAAUUGAACAUUGUUGAUUCCUUUCAGGCAUCAGCACGCUGGUCUGAUUAUGAGGAGAAAAAUAAUGAAAAUCAAUAUGAAAAAGCAAAAACAGCAUUUGUGUACUCUCAAACGAAGGGCUCACCAAAGUAUUUUACAGGUUUAUCAGGAGUUAUCAGGAUGUAUUGGUUGUUGAUUAGGAGAUUGAUUAUGAAUUCUGUCUGACAUCUCAUUGUGAAUGAUGCGGAAGAAUAACAAUGCCUCCAGAAAGCCAGGCGUCUUGAUUGGCUGUCCACAGGAGUGAGAACCAAUCAGAAAUCAGUGAUCCUGAGUGGUUGAAUUGUGGGGCACUGAUUGGCUCUUGGGGGCUAGGAUUUAAUCCAAUCCCCUUCUGACGUCACUGCCCCACCCUAGUUAUUGACGGCCAUUCUGAAAUGCCGGAGAGAGAGUGUUCCGGAACAUGUGCAUGCUGACCAGACCUCUGAAAGAUGGAGGUCUAGAGACCAGCUAGUAGAGUCAACCAAAGGUAGAAUUUCGGCCAACUGUAUAUUUGGCGUCGAAAGAACUACAAGUCCCAUUGAAGACAUUUUGUUGUUUAAUCAUUUAUGUUGGAGGUCUAAAAUGCUCACCAGCUGUCACCAAAAAGAUCUGUUCAAAGUACGGUCAAUGGGGAGAAGAAGAAUAUAAGGCCUACUUUUAGCUUAUAAAAUAGAAGUACCUUUCAAGCCUACUUCCCGAGGAGAACGUUGUAGAAAGGUCUGAAAACAAACCACAUCUCACAGCAACCAAAGAGUAUCUCUCCAGGCCACUUUCCAUCUCACAACCCUGAGAGGUUCAAUCUAGCUCCACCACCCAUGCUAACCAUGCUAACCGUGCUAACCGUGCUAACCGUGACACCGCUUCAUGUCUAGCAUCCCUUAUUUAGCAUUAGCAUCUCAACCCAUUUAACCAUUGAUUGCAAACAGAUUACUGAUUUAUCACCUGUGGUGGACCUUUUUGGAGGGGUUGUAAAUCUCCCUUUCUCUUGUGAAGUUAGCCACUUUAGCGUAGUCUAGCCUAGCGGUAUGGGCGUUUUUAUUCGUGUGUUUCUGACUGAGCUUCUUACCUCAGAGGAAAGUGCAGACCUGCACUUUAAAUCCUAAUUUACGUAAAACUUUCACAUCCCAUCGUUUACCUUAUCUGUCAGAUACCUCAACAUUUUAUAUACUUUCAUAUUCCUCACAGUUACUCAUGUGUAACUCAAUUGUAAUACAGCCUACCUUAACCAGUAACUGGCUACAGUACCUCAAUUCUCAGACCUCAUCAAAAUACAAAUGUAAUUUUACAAAUCUACCUCAACACACCUUUUACCUAACUUUAAAUGCCUCAUGUUACAUACUGUGUGUGUGUGUGUGUGUGUGUGUGUGUGUGUGUGUGUGUGUGUGUGUGUGUGUGUGUGUGUGUGUGUGUGUGUGUGUGUGUGUGUGUGUGUGUGUGUGUUUAUAUAUAUCAGUUGAAGUCGAAAGUUUACAUACACCUGAGCCAAAAACAUUUAAACUCAGUUUUUCACAAUUCCUGACAUUUAUUCCUAGUAAAAAUUCCCUGUCUUAGGUCAGUUAGGAUCACCACUUUAUUUUAAGAAUGUGAAAUGUCAGAAUAAUAUUAGAGAGAAUGAUUUACUUCAGCUUUUAUGUCUUUCAUCACAUUCCCAGUGGGUCAGAAGUUUACAUACACUCAAUUAGAAUUUGGUAGCAUUGCCUUUAAAUUGUUUAACUUGGGUCACACGUUUCAGGUAGCCUUCCACAAGCUACCCACAGUAAGUUGGGUGAAUUUUGGCCCAUUCCUCCUGACAGAGCUGGUGUAACUGAGUCAGGUUUGAAGGCCUCCUUGCUCACACAUGCUUUUUCAGUUCUGCCCACACAUUUUCUGUAGGAUUGAGGUCAAGGCUUUGUGAUGGCCACUCCAAUACCUUGACUUUGUUGUCCUUAAGCCAUUUUGCCACAACUUUGGAAGUAUGCUUGGGGUCAUUGUCCAUUUGGAAGAUCCAUUUGCGACCAAGCUUUAACUUCCUGUCUUCCUCAUGAUGCCAUCUAUUUUGUGAAGUACACCAGUCCCUCCUGCAGCAAAGCACCCCCACAACAUGAGGCUGCCACCCCCGUGCUUCACGGUUGGGGUGGUGUUCUUAGGCUUGCAAGCCGCCCCCUUUUUCCUCCAAACAUAACGAUGGUCAUUAUGGCCAAACAGUUCUAUUUUUGUUUCAUCAGACCAGAGGACAUUUCUUCAAAAAGUACGAUCUUUGGUGGUUUUGGAGCAGUGGCUUCUUCCUUGCUGAGCGGCCUUUCAGGUUAUGUCGAUAUAGGACUUGUUUUACUGUGGAUAUAGAUACUUUUGUACCUGUUUCCUCCAGCAUCUUCACAAGGUCCUUUGCUGUUGUUCUGGGAUUGAUUUGCACUUUUCGCACCAAAGUACGUCCAUCUCUAGGAGACAGAACGCUUCUCCUUCCUCAGCGGUAUGACGGCUGCGUGGUCCCAUGGUGUUCAUACUUUAGAGGUCUACAAUUUUUCUUCUGAGGUCUUUGCUGAUUUCUUUUGAUUUUCCCAUGAUGUCAAGCAAAGAGGCACUGAGUUUGAAGGUAGGUCUUGAAAUACAUCCUCAGGUACACCUCCAAUUGACUCAAAUUAUGUCAAUUAGCCUAUCAGAAGCUUCUAAAGCCAUGACAUCAUUUUCUGGAAUUUUCCAAGCUGUUUAAAGGCACAGUCAACUUAGUGUAUGUAAACCACUGACCCACUGGAAUUGUGAUACAGUGAAUUAUAAGUGAAAUAAUUUGUCUGUAAACAAUUGUUGGAAUAAGGACUUGUGUCAUGCACGAAGUAGAUGUCCUAACCGACUUUCCAAAACUAUAGUUUGUUAACAAGAAAUUUGGAGUGGUUGAGAAACGAGUUUUAAUGACUCCAACCUAAGUGUAUGUAAACUUUUGACUUCUGUGUGUGUGUGUGUGUGUGUGUGUGUGUGUGUGUGUGUGUGUGUGUGUGUGUGUGUGUGUGUGUGUGUGUGUAUAUAUAUAUAUAUAUAUAUAUAUAUAUAUUGGCCUACCUCUUCAAAUAUUUUGACUAGUAACUUCUAAACAUCAACUCUCUUGUACUGCAUACUUCAGUUUCCAGACCUUUUAAGUUAGUCUUUAUUUGUUUUGUUUUUGAAACAUACCUCGUAUUACUUUUACCUCAACUCCCACUUUAAAUCAUGUAACAUUUACCUGUCACCUGUUGGACCAAAGAUUUUAAUCCUGGUGGCUCCUUUUCAUGUAAAAUUACAAGUUACAAAUGGCCAUCUCUCCACAUUGUGUCCAUGAGUUGUCUGUUUAGCAUUGUGGUGCAUUAUGCCUUUUUUAAUCAUAUGGAGAAACAAAACAGUGAAAAUCAGAGCAUUGUGCCAAAAAUAUAUUUGUGGGAGUUUGGUGUCAAAACGGAGUUGGCGUCGGGAUGACACUGUCAUAGACGGUGAAUGUCAUUGGACCAUUAUAUCAUAGGUAAGAGUGUUUAGCGAAUCAAAGCAGCCAAGGACAGAUCCCUGUGCUUUGAUUGGAUGCACUUAUGUGGGCUGAACCCCCCUCCCCCUUUUUUUGCGUCACCUCAGUAGAGCUGUAACCUGAUUGGCCAAUAGUGAGAAUGAUGGCGAUGUCACUGUUGGCUAAUUUGAGGCCUUCAUCAUACCCCCUUUAGACCUACAAGAAUUACCUCUAAUAUCUGCACAGGUUCUCCUCAGUAAGAACAUCUUAGAAGUGUGUACCCUAAGAGUUAGCACAAUGUUGGUUGGUACUAACUUAUUUGAAAACUCACUCUUUGACAAUGCAAAAAUAAGUGUGGUGUGUGUAGGAACACAUUGCGUGAAUAAGAUGUCUAUUACGAGUUAAUAAGCCAAUUUGUUGCACGUUAAUAAGCCUGUUUAUUGCACGUUAAUAGACCGGAGACAUUAGAGGCCCCAGACUCUGCUGCUUAGAACCCACAGGCGUGUCACCGAUAUGAUCUGGCGAUGUGUUUCAGUAUUACUAUAUGAAAAAGUUUGCAAUCUUUUACAUUUUAAUAAAAAAUGACAAAAUUCUAUCUUUAACAUCCUUAGGUUUUCACUCUUAAAGAGGAAAAACUAUUAUUUGAAACUUUAUUUUGUUUUUUGUUCCUUUUUUUGUUUGUUGCAUGCUUACAUUUUUAAAAAGUGAAACAACGUCUCACAGAUAUAGGUGUUGUAAACUCGACGGGUUGGUAGCUGAAUCUGGGGAUGGUUUUAUCAUGAUCAUAUACCCACAGGUGUGUGUGUUAGGAGUGCGUUGGAUGGAUUUAACCUUUUGACCUUUGCGAUUGUAUUUCCUGUUCCCAAGAGGCUCUGCAGAGGCCAAUCGGUGCUUGGCCGGCCAUGUCUGGAAUCUGUAGCAGAGUGCAGUUAGUACAACAACUUUUAGAGACGGACAGUUUAAUGAUCCCUCCACACACACACAAUGAAGACUGUUUACACUGUAGACAUUUUGGUUUUGGCCUAGUAAUGACAACCUCAUUCUCUCUAUCAAAAUAACCUAGGUUUCUUCACAGGAUUAGCCGGGCAAGCAUCAUUAGAAUCGCUUGAUUUUUUAAAAAAAUUGUAUUUUUUCCCCUCACACAAAUAUCCAGGAAGUGUGGUGCUGAGCACUUGAUUGGUCUCCUGUACUCCUGAUGGGCAGGGGUUUAUUGGCCCCUAUGUUUCUGUCCACCAUUUUGUUUCUGGCAUCUCACGGCUUUAAGAGAACAGAAAAAGAAGAGAAAAGUUGGUGUAAGCGAAACUGCUCCAGGUGGAAGGUGUGCAACAUGUUAAUGAUUGUAUCUUUUAAAGAAAAGUUAAAAUACGUAACAUUUUUAAAAGGAAGAAAAAAAAUAGAAACUCAGGUAGUUCUAUGUCCCUGCGGGUGUCACAGUGAAAUGUUUACCCCCUAGUGAUGCGGGUGUCAGUGAAAUGUGUCCCCCAUAGUGAAAAUGUAGUGAACCUUUCUGUUAUGACCUCAGUAUGAGUCUCAUUGGUCAUGUUCCAGGACCCUCUUUCUUUGCAGUUGGGUUGUGAAAAUGCUGAGAUUUCUGCGUGUGUGUGUGUGGUAAAGACGGGCUGGAACGCGACCAAUCUUUUCUGCGUGUCCGUUUUUGCAUAUUAUACAUUAGUUCUCAAUCUCGAAAAUGGAAACAUUUUGCUUUUUGAAUUAUUUCCCUCAAAUGUACUGUUUUAUGUUUAAUUUUCAGGUUUUAUUUUUGUUAAAUGUUCCAGUUUGUUUGAUAAACACCAAAGGACAUACUCCAGACCACACGACUCUCGGCGACCCUUUUGGAAUGUAUUUUUUAUUUUUUAAGAAAAUGGUUUGCUGGGAGUGAUUCUCACUCACACCCUACUCAUUGCUAGCAGGAUCACAAAACAGAACUGAUACUGUACUACCAAUCAAUCUAUGUCUGGAGAAUUACAAUGGACGCCAUGUUGUUACCCAAUGUUCCAUUCCAGUGAGAAUGCAAUUUAGAAUCUUACUGUCAUGGAGCCUUUGGUGACAAAAUGGCCUCUUUAAAAAAAAAAAAAAAGAAAGAAUUCUGAGUCUGUUUAUCAACAGUCACUCUGUAGACCUAUCUCUAAGGCUCUGUUCUGUCCUGUGUGCAGUAGGUGUGAGUGUGUGUUUGUGUGCUGCAUUGUGUUGUUGAACCCAAAUCCACUGAAUGUAUUCUCCUCUGUCGACGAGGCACGAGGACAGCAGGGACCAGCUGAGUUUAGAUGGACGCUGCUGGUGUGUGUUUUGUGUUGGUGUACUAUCACAUACACACUGAAGUUAUCUGUAAGGAGUGUGUAUGUGUGUAUGCACGUGUUUCCCCCUCCCCUCUCCUCACACACAGUGGUCGGUGUGGAAGUGCAGUUGUCAGGUCUUCAGUUUAAAUAAAGCAGAGGAGACUAAUUUACCUGCCGUCUUCUGUUACCUGCCGUCUUCUGUUACCUGCUGUCUUCUGUUACCUGCUGUCUUCUGUUGCCUUCCCUCGUCUGUUGCCUUCCCUCGUCUGCUGCCUUCUGUGGACUUUACACAUUUCCUAUGCAGUUUUUUUGUUUACACUUAAAUAAACGUAUUUCUUUGA